AUGACUUGGCUCUCAUCCACUUUGUCUAGCUUGGCAUUUCUGGCCUGCUCAUGGACUAUUUACAGCUACUGGUGCCUCUUCCGGAACUACAAAAAAGCCCGCAAGUUUGGCUUUCACGUCAUCGUCAAUCCCGUGAGCCUGCUCAAUCCCCUAUGGAUCAUUUUCAACCAGACAUUCCGUCCUUUGCUUGAGAAGUUGCCAUUUGGUUUGUAUUACUAUUUUAAAUACACCAAUUUUGAGUGGACCUACCACGAGAAGUACGGUAUACACGAAAAGCAUGGAGACGCUUUCUGUAUCGUCACUCCAGCAUGGGUACAAUUGUAUAUAGGCGAUGCAGGUGCUAUUGAGGAGGUUGAGGGAGCUACCUGGCAGCGUCAUAGAAAACUUACUACGCCUCCGUUCAACGAACGUAACAGCGCUCUUGUGUGGAAAGAAUCACUCCGACAGUCUGGCCAAAUGCUUUCCUUCUGGUUGAGCCAAGGAGAUCGUGGUGUCCGCACCACUUGCGCAGACACAUUAGUCUUAGCUUUACAUGUGCUCACACGGGCAGGUUUUGGUCAAGAAUACUCAUUUAACUCGGGCACAAAGGCGAUUGCCCCGGGUCACGUCCUGAGCUACAAGGACGCUCUUUGUAACCUUCUUGAUAAUUUUACCGUGCUCAUUAUGUUUAAACACACCAUCCUCGAUAAACCUUAUUUGCCAAGAUAUCUCCGCGAUGUCGGUUUGGCUCUCCGGGAGUUCAAACAAUACAUGACGGAAAUGAUUGAUCAAGAAAGGGAACGAAUGAGGCUUCGUGAUUCAAAACCAGACGUAGAAUCCGAGAACUUAAUAACGUCCCUGAUUCGAGCCUCUGAGGAAGGUAAGGCGGCCAACUACUCCCUGACCGAUGAUGAGAUCAUGGGAAAUCUCUUCAUCUACAACCUUGCCGGUCAUGAGACGACGGCUAAUACACUUGCCUAUGUAAUCACGUUGCUUUCAGUCCAUCCUGAAUAUCGAGACUGGCUGUACGAAGAACUCGAUGUCGUCUUAGCCGAUGCGGGUCCACCAGAUGGCUGGAAAUAUGAGGAGCUAUUUCCCCGUCUGAAACGAUGCCUUGCUGCCAUGUAUGAGACCCUUCGCUUGUAUGGCCCUGUGCCUGAACUCAAGAGAUGUGUCAAAGACUCUUCUCAAACGCUCAGCAUUGGCGGCAAGCGACAUGUGAUUCCACCCGGCACGUUUGUAGUGAUGAACCAUGCUGCCAAUCACACAAACCCAAGCAUCUGGGGCAAGGAUUCGCUUGAAUGGAAACCAACCCGCUGGAUAGAUAACGACGGCACAAACGGUGACGAGAUCUCAAACGGAGAUGUAUUCAAGCAACCACCUGUCAAAGGCUGUUACAUGCCUUGGUUCGACAGCAGCCCCCGAAUCUGUCCAGGAAAGAAAUUCUCCCAAGUAGAGUUCGUGGCGGUAUUAGCCUCCCUUUUCAAAGAUCACACUGUGAAUGCACGGCCCGAAGCGGAUGAAAGCACUGCCCAAGCGAAGCAGAGAGUGAUGAAUGUAGUCAAUGAUUCCGGGUUAAGGAUCACGCUGCAGAUGAAACAUCCGGAGACGGUUGCGUUGGACUGGCAGAAACGGUGA